AACCUAGCACCCGAAAAUCCCAUUCUUGUAAGUUUCACAACAGAAAAAUCUCAAAAGCGGAAAUACACAACAAACGCAGAAGUCAAAAACAACAGAAAAACUCAGAGAUUCAUCACAAGUAGCGCUUCAGCUUCAUACAUGGGCUUUCCAACCAACGGCGCCGGAGCUAACAAGCCCCUCAAGUUCCUCCUGUACGGUAAAACGGGCUGGAUAGGGGGCCUGCUGGGGGACCUCUGCCGGGCCCAGGGGAUAGACUUCUCCUACGGGUCGGGACGACUGGAAAACAGGGCUUCCCUUGAGGCGGACAUAGCGGCGGCGAAGCCCACGCACGUGUUGAACGCGGCGGGUGUGACGGGACGGCCCAACGUGGACUGGUGUGAAUCACACAAGGUGGAGACUAUACGGGCCAACGUGGUCGGAACCCUGACGCUUGCUGACGUGUGCCGCGAGAAUGGUUUGUUGUUGGUUAAUUUUGCCACGGGAUGCAUCUUUGAAUAUGAUAAGGAUCAUCCUCUUGGAUCUGGUAUUGGAUUCAAGGAAGAGGAUACUCCUAAUUUCAUUGGAUCCUUCUACUCCAAGACCAAGGCCAUGGUAGAAGAUCUGCUGAGAAACUAUGAUAAUGUAUGUACCUUGCGAGUUAGGAUGCCUAUCUCCUCUGAUUUAUCAAACCCACGGAACUUCAUCACGAAGAUAACUCGGUAUGACAAGGUUGUGGACAUUCCGAAUUCGAUGACCAUACUGGACGAACUACUCCCCAUCUCCAUAGAGAUGGCAAAGAGGAACCUCACCGGAAUAUGGAACUUCACAAACCCGGGUGUGGUGAGCCACAACGAAGUCCUACAGAUGUACAAAGACUACAUUGACCCCAACUUCUCAUGGAAGAACUUCGACCUCGAGGAACAGGCCAAGGUCAUCGUUGCACCUAGAAGCAACAAUGAGCUUGAUACAACUAAGUUGAAGAAUAUGUUCCCGGAACUCUUGUCUAUUAAGGAGUCCCUUGUCAAGUAUGUCUUCCAGCCAAAUCGAAAGGUCAAUGCUUGAUUAAGCAUGCAUCAAUAGGUAUGAACAUGAGUUGACAUUUCAUUUUGGUAAGCAAAUGCAGGAAAAUAAGAGAACCAAAGUAACUCUGAGAAAAGGGUUCCCAUUUUUUGGCAUUAGUAUUGAUUGCAGUUUGUGUGGAUGCUGUGUAGAUGUAUGGCCUUCUACUCCUUCCAUUUGCUUGGUGCAUAUAUUUUUAUGUUGUAUUCUAUUUUGUAUUAAUAGUACUAUAUAUACUCAUUAUUUAAUGGGAGUUGUUUACAAACACUGAAUUAGAUUUUGAGCUUCGAGCUCAUUGUGAUUGUAAUGACUCAGAAUGAAUAGUGAUCCAAUUGGAUUCAAUAGUAAAUUUUUGGUUCAUUCAAA